UACGGUAUACUUUAAAGCAACAUCUAACGCAACUUAGUAAAGUCUUACGUGGGAAUCCUGUUAAUUGAAAAAAUAAAUAGUAGAAGAGAUUUUACGAUUAAAAUACAUAAAUAAAAUCGAAGAAUGUUAUGUUAGUAAAUUUGCUAAAUUUAUUUUCUUAAUAUAAAAUUGUACAAAAGUACGUGAAGAAGUGCUUUUAGCACAAAUCCGAAGAGCACCUUUUAAUUAUAAAAAACUAUAGGCACUGGAACACAAAACGAAACGCAACAAAAUAUGAAUUUGGGCAUAAUAGCCAUUGCAUUGGCGUUGCUGUCACAUACGUGCUUAAUGGUAACAGCUGAUUUGCGAGGUCCUGAAGUAGCUGCGCCUGCAACUAGUAAGGAUGAUGAUGAGCAAUCAUUAAGCACGGCCAGCCACGAAGAGGUAACAAAAUCCAAAGAAUCGGAAACAGAUGACCAAACAAGUACCGAGUUGCCAACGAAUCAACGUAAAGCAGUUAAAUAUAUUGCCGAUCAGAUGUCAGCAGCUACUGCUACUCAUCAAGCCGGUGCAAGUCUGCAAGCUGAGUUGGGAAGUUCGGGGGCAAAAUUAUUGAAAGAUGCCAUUUUUGAACAGUUAUGGAACGAGAAACUAAUAAGACAAAAACUUCAAGAUGAAAUUGAAGCAAUCGAAGCUAGACGCGAGCCUCAAGAGAUUAUAGAUCCAACACCAGAACAAAUUGAAGCUCAUAGUAUGUAUGAAGAAGCUAUGGAGUUACUGGCUAAGCCAAAUGCAGAUAAACGUGUCGUGUACACUCUCAUGAGUAAAGCAGCUGAAAUGAAGCAUAAUCAUGCACGAGCUGAACUUGCUUGGGCCCGUGUUUUAGGCCAUAAUAUGGAUUUUGAUUUUGCUUAUGCCGCUAAAGAGUUCGACGUCUUAGCGGAAGAAGGCUUACCGGAAGCCAAUAUUGGUCUAGCAUUUCUCUAUUCGGUCGGUGUUGGCGGCAAAAACGUAAGUCAAUCAAUGGCUCUUAUACAUCUGACAUUGGCCGCAUUGGGUGAUCAUACUUUCGCUCAAAUGGCUUUGGGUUACCGCUACUCGUUUGGUAUUAACGUACCGGCCAGUUGUGAAAAGUCUCUGUCCUAUUAUAAGAAAGUGGCCAAAAAGGUGGCUAAUAAGAUCACGUUUUCAAGUGGUCCCGUAGUGCAUCGUGUACGUUUGCUGGAUGAAUCGGAAAAUCAUGGUAGUCAGGAAAACGAAAUUGUCGAGUAUUAUCAACUCUUAGCCGAUAAAGGUGACGUGCAAUCGCAAGUCGGCUUAGGACAAUUAUAUUAUCAAGGAGGCAAAGCAAUACAGCAAGAUCAUCAGAAAGCUUUGGAAUAUUUUACUUUAGCAGCUAACGCUGGCAAUGCCAUUGGAUAUGCUUUUUUAGGAAAAUUGUACUUAGAAGGUAGUGAGCACAUAAAGGCUGACAAUGAAACCGCAUUUAAGUAUUUUGCCAAAGCAGCGAAUUUAGGCGAUCCUGUUGGACAAAGUGGUGUAGGUUUGAUGUAUCUAAAUGGUUUGGGAGUACCAAAGGAUGCUAUGAAGGCUUUAAAUUACUUUAAUAUGGCCGCCGAUCAAGGUUGGGUCGACGGUCAGUUGCAAUUGGGAAAAAUGUAUUUCACGGGUAAUGGUGUGAAAACUGAUUACAAACUGGCAUUUAAAUAUUUUAACUUGGCUUCGCAAUCUGGUCAUGUUUUGGCUUACUACAAUUUGGGUAUAAUGCAUGCAUAUGGCAUGGGCAUGUUGCGUUCUUGUCCUACCGCUGUAGAGUUCUUUAAAAAUGUAGCCGAACGUGGUCGAUGGGGCAUCAAUUUAAUGCAUGCUUACAACGAUUAUAAAAACUCUCAUGUCGAUAAAGCUUACAUGCAAUACGCUUUGCUAGCGGAAUUGGGUUACGAAGUAGCCCAAAGUAAUGCAGCGUUUCUUUUAGAUCGUGGUGAUGUAACCAUUUUCCAUGAUCGCAACGAAGACUUAAUACGUGCCUUUUAUUAUUGGAAGCGUGCAGCAGCGCAAGGUUAUUCAGCUGCUCAAGUUAAACUUGGUGAUUAUUAUUAUUACGGUUGGGGUACUAAUGUGGACUUUGAAACGGCAGCUGCUUUAUAUCGUAAAGCUUCCGAACAACAGUAUAAUGCACAAGCGAUGUUUAAUUUAGGUUACAUGCAUGAGAAAGGCUUAGGUAUGAAGAAAGAUUGGCAUUUGGCGAAACGUUUAUAUGAUUUGGCAGCCGAAACCAAUGCAGAUGCUAAAAUUCCGGUUGCGAUCGCAUUAAUAAAAUUGCAAAUUUUAACUAAAAUUGAAGCCAUUAAGGAGUCACCGUAUCGAUUCAUAUUUUACUUGGACGAAAGUAUAGAAGCUAAUUGGGAUUUAUAUUUGAUAGCCAUAUUAACUUUACUGAUGGGUUUUCUUAUCUAUACGAGACGUGUCUACGAGCGCGAGCUAGAACAAUUGCAAAAUGAAGUUGAUAAUCUAGUGACAAAUACGGCAGAAAACAGAAAUGAGGCAAAUGUGACAACACCAGCAAAUCAAAAUGAUAACGCGACUGCGACGACAGAAAACUUAAUAAACGAUAAUACGACGACAAGUACAACUGCCGAUAUUCCUACAACAACAACAACAACUAGUAACAACAGUCUUUUAAGGCAGCGUCAUACAACGGCAGCGCCGGCAACGGCAACGGCAGCGACCGCUUCAGCCUCGACAGCUGACCCCACUGAAUAGUUUAAUAGCUUAAUAUUUAUAUAUUAAACUAUAUUUACUUUAAAUAUUGUUUAAUUUUAAAUUUCUGUGUAUAUGAAGAAGAAGAAAGC